UAGUAAAUAGCGAUUAAAGCAUCAAUCGGGCGUACAGUUUCAAUUGUUGAGGAACUGAAAGCAGUUAUCUGUUGCAACAGGACGCAUUAGGUCACCUUAAGCCCAGGAGUACACACCAUCUAUUUAGCAGAUCAAAAAUGCGGCCUAAGCUCUCUUUAGAACAACUGAACGCACUUUCACCUGUAGAGUUCCACAAAACGUUUGAAAACGUAAUAGAAUGUUGGCCGGAGGCAGCAAUUUUUUGUUCAGCACUCUUGCCAUUUAAGAGUUUUACCGCGAUGAUUGGUGCUUUUCAAAGUUAUCUCGACCGUCUUCCGGCUGAUACGAAGCUAAAGAUUCUCAGACUCUAUCCGGAUUUAGCUGGAAAAAUGCUGGAUACAAAACAACUGUCGGAAGAUUCCUCUAUCGAACAUGCCUCGGUGGGAUUGGAUAAUCUAUCAGCGGAAGACAAAAAGAAACUUACCGAUUUAAAUGAAAGCUAUAAGACGAAGUUCGGAUUCCCGUUCGUGGUGUGUGUUCGCGAGGCUUCUAAGUUCGAAGUAAUACUUCGCAGCGUUUCCCAAAGGAUUCACAACACCGUUGACCAGGAACUGGAAAUUGCUCUCGGAGAAGUGAAUAAAAUCUGCCGCUUACGUAUCUUACAGCUGGUAGAUAACCUAUGAACCAUGUAACUGAAUAUGUGCCUCGAACGAACUGUUAAAAUACUUUUCUUUCCAUAAAUUAAGGUAAUGGGAAAAACAACUUUUAAACGCACGCUACAUUAGAUAAGUUUUAGAUAUAUGUAUUAGUUUUCGAUUGGGUGAAUUGAAAUAAAUUG